GACAAAUGUGGUUGACUUGACUUCACUCUCAUUAUUUCAGUUCUUCCCUUUUUUUUCUUACUUCCAUUAUUCCCGGUCCUCACAUUCACGACCAGCAUAAUUGUACAUUUUUCCAUUGCCCCGGCAACGUUGGUGACGAGUGACGACCCUUUGAGUAGCUUGGGCAAAUAUUUUGGUCAACAAAUAUUUUUCUGCAAUAUCAGUGUUUUCCAUUCCAUAUCAAAUUUCAAUCCUUUAGGAGUUUCCUUCCACUCAGAUGUAGCUACUAGAAUGGACAAUCAGAAGGGAAUGAGUAUUAGUUUUGAGACAUUCACGUGGAAAAUUGAAAAUUUCUCAAAACAGAACACCAAGAAACUACAAUCCAAGACUUUCCGAAUCCGAGGUUAUAAAUGGCGGAUUCGUUUGUAUCCAUUAAUGAAGAAUGUUGACCAUUUUUCAUUGUAUUUGAUGGUUGCGGAUUCUUUACCUCCGUAUGGAUGGAACAGAAAUACGCAUUUCAAGUUGGCUCUAGUUAAUCAAUUGGAUGGCAAUAAGUCAGUUGUAAAGGAGACUCAGCAGAAGUUCAACGGUGGAUAUCGUAGCUGGGGCUCAUUUUUUGUGAAUCUUAGUGACUUCUAUGACUCUAAACAAGGCUAUCUUCUGAAUGACACAUGCAUCAUUGAAGCUCAUGUUUGUUUCUCAGAUCUUAGCACUCUUGAAGCUAACAAUUUGAAGAAAAUCACUCCAACCAAAGACUCUAAAUCAGGUGAUCAAGCAGCAAGAAAUUCAGAAUCCACACAGCAGGAAGAUGAUAAAGAAGCAGAAACAGAAAUAGAAACAGAAAUAUCAGAUGAGAGUGAGACAUUUAGUUCUUCAACCUGUGGGUCUAGUGAAACAGAAUGGGAAAUUCAAAGUUCAGAUUUGACACUAAAAGACCUUCUAGAUUUGGCGAGUUUAGGAAAAGAAGAAGCUGCUUGUGUUCCACUGUUGGAGGAAGCAUGCAUAUGGCAUCCUUCCCUGAUAAGGAGCCAGAGGAAAAGUUCAAGAUGGUUCAAACUAUGGGCAUUCACAUCUUUAGGCCAAGUUCUGCAUUUACUCAAGACAAGUAAGGUGAAGGAUAUGAAUGAAGAUGCAUGCAAUCGCCUUCAAGGGUUAUGGGAGGAACUUGUUAAGCAUUCUGGAUUUCAAUUGUCUUGGUUGGAGCCUUAUGUUCAAUCUGCAUUGGAUAUGAAAACUCAUUUGGAUAAAACAGAUGAAGUGAAUAAACUCAAAGACAGUGUGGUUGCUUUGGAGAUUAAAAUGAAGAAGCUGAGGGAAGAAUUGGUAGCUGCAGAAGCUGAGUUUGAGGUAGCAAGGAGGGCCUUGGCUGAGGCAAGAAAAGGUUUCAUAGAGAUGGAUUUGAAUGCUGAUUUAGGUUAUGCCAUGUUUUAGCACAUUGCAUAUAUAGUGAUUAGUGAACUUGAUUUUUCUCCCAAGUUCCACUUCCUUGCAAAUUAUGGUGGGAAAUGCCUUGGGCGCUAGUUGCUAAUACUUCUCUAUAUGUAUUAUUAUCUGUCAAAGUUUGAAGGGUUCAGACUUCAGAGUAACAUAUAGAACACGACCACUAAUUUUAAGGGUUCAAAAGUUUAAUGUAUUUUUUUAUAGAAAAAAAUACCGUCUCUCUAUUUCAUAAUAUGAUCAUAUUAUGGAAUGUAUUUUUAUAUUUUAUAAUUGUACUUUUUUAUUUUUAUUUUUUAGAAGCCUAUUUUUUAGAAUGAGUAAUUUAGUACAUGUUCUCCACGACAGCCCUGGUUUCAAGCUUCGAUGUAAUAUAGUAAGACAAUCACGUCCUUUUAUUUUUAUUUUUUAUACAGUAACACAUUGUCGAUG